GAUCUGACCACAUGCCUGUAGUGUUUGUUUAGACCUCGUCAUAGAGAACUGAGAAUCCACGUUCCUGCGCGCACACAAACUACAGUAUAUAUUGAAUAGGCCAAAUAAGAUCCGUCUUUGCUCCAAUUGAAUAGAGGCGAUGGUUUUGGAGUUGUGUCGAAGCAGUUUUUUUCCACCAUACGGCCAGACACUUUUUUCUCCGUGGGGCGACCAACAAACAUCCCAAUUCGGGGACUGUUUGAAUCCUCACAUUGUCUGCCAACGCGUAGUGUGUUAAGAGCGCGUAAGACAGAAGUGAGAAUCCACGUUCCUACGUACACAAGCAACACUCCAUUUAUGUUGAUUGGGGAGCUGUCUUUAUUUCAACUGAAUAGAGGCGAUAAUGAGCAGAAAUGUUGUGCUUUGUUGACCUGCGUAGUAGAUGAGCUGCCUGCUGUUAGGAGGAAAUGCUCUGAUAGGCUCCCUGCAGAGAAGGGGGAGGAGGGCGGGAAGAUACCUACCUUCUCAUAGAGCUGACCAUGAAAAGAAGCAAAUAGGUUGCUUUAUCUUGUAGCCGAGGGGUCGCCUAAUUCUUUGAAAUCUAUGGAUUUUUGAUGAACACAUAAAGGCUACUGUUUACCUGACCGAGCAUGACCAGGAACUACUACGUAUCUCCCCGCCCCCAGAAUUGCUAUAGUGGAAUCAAAACGAAAACAUGGAGUCUAAUUAGAGUUUUGACAAAAACAUUUUUGACAAUAUUGCUGAGGACAUCUCGUCGAAUAACCACAGUUUCUUCUAAAAACAUUGACUCGCAUAUCAAAUGGAGUCAAUUCCAAUGAAUGUAGAGAGGUCCUGAAUCUUUCUAAAAGCAACAUGAUUUCCAUUUUCGAUUGCGUUCCAGUAUAAUUGUCUUCCAGGAGAAAUGACGCAAUACGUGUUUACAAUUGCGCUUUGCAAAAAUAUGCAAAGCACGGGGAUAAUUAUUAAUUCAAUGACUUGUCAAUACACAGACGGUUCCCACUCCACAGCUUGUGGCGCUAAUUCGUGACGUCACUACGAUAUAAACUCUGCUGCCCUUCUCACCGGCCCCAUUCAAAACAACAGUCUGCUUUCUUUCGAUCACGGUGCCUCGCGAAUGCAAGCAGAAGAGUUGCUUCCAGAGUCACAAUGGCGCACUUUUAGUUGGUUUUUGGGUUUUUUUCUGUUUGGUUUGGUUUUUUUUUUUUUCCAGCCUGGUGCCUACUAUUUGACUUUUCGUUCCCCUCUCCUUCAGUAGCAGCAGCAGCAACCCCUGCCCUGCUCGGCCGGAGCGAUGCCCGCCGGGAUGUUCAGCAUCGACAGUAUACUGUCCGGACGACCGAGCUGCAAGGAGCCGCUGCUUCUCCACCGGGGCGGUCCGGUCGUGUUGCCUGGGGGGCUGAGCGACUCUGUUUAUUCAGACUACAACGGAUUGUACACCGCCGCGUGUGGCCUCCCAGGCCCCGGAGUUCCGUCUGUGAACGGAACCAGAGUCGGAUAUAACGGCUAUUACUACGGACAGCUACAAGUUCAAGGCACCGGAGGACUCCCUUGUUGUGGUGCCGCCGCCGCCGCCGUGCACAGCCUCAGCCCACAGCAAUGCCCUUGCAUCACGCCAGGCUAUGACAGUCCGGGUUCGGUGUUGGUCUCCUCCGUGCCGCAUCAUAUGAUGUCCUACGUGAAUAUGGGCAACUUUUCGCGGAGUGAGCUGCAACUCCUCAACCAGCUGCACUGCCGCAGGAAGCGACGGCACCGAACCAUCUUCACCGACGAGCAGCUGGAGGCUCUGGAGGGCCUCUUCCAAGAGACCAAGUACCCCGACGUUGGCACCCGGGAACAACUCGCUCGUAAGGUUCACCUACGGGAGGAGAAGGUCGAGGUUUGGUUCAAAAACAGACGGGCCAAAUGGAGGCGGCAAAAAAGGUCGUCAUCGGAGGAAUCGGAGAAUACUCCGAAAUGGAACAAAACAAAAAAAACGUCCGCGGAGAAAACUGAGGAGAGCAAAAGUGAAGUGGACUCGGACUGAGUUAAACGAUCGAAACGCGUGCACGUUUGCUUGGAUCAGUGGUGAAUGACUUGUGUUGCACAGGUGUACAUAUAUCCUAGUUGCAUUGUCUAUUUAUAUCUAAUUUAAUUUGAAUGUUAAGAGAAUCAAGACACUUGAGUUGAUGUCACUCACCGUGCCACACGCGACACCUUUGUAUUCAUGUUGUAAUAUGACGUAUACCUGUCAGUUGCCAACGUAGCGAGAAUGGAAAUGUGGAGUUGUGUUAAUGCGCUGCGAACAGCUUUACAAUGUGGAUUAUGCGGAAUAGAAUAUUUAUUUAAAAAAGAAAA